AUUGACAUAAAUGACAUGCUAAUCACCUUCCCCUUACGGCUUUCGCUCUGUUUCACUCCGGCCAUCUAUUGAAAUGACUACGCCGGAGAAAUUCAUCAGCGCCAUACUUCUAUCGUUUCUGUGCAUUCCAUCCAUACUAGGAGUCAGUUCCUCACCUGCUUUCUACACGUACAACAAGACGGACUUUCAGACAGAAGACUUAGCCGGCAAUUUGACUGCUAAAGGCAACGCCUCCAUCAAUGGAGGAGCUCUUCAGAUAACAUUGGAUUCCAGCAAUACGGACUACCGGGCCUUAAACAACUACGGCCGGAUCAUGCUCAAUCGACCCUUCAAGCUCUGGGACGAAACCUCUGGCUCCGUCGCCUCCUUCUACACCAGCUUCACCGUCAACUUCUUCCGCCCCGACAACCAAACUGCCGCUGAAGGAUUCGCUUUCGUCAUCGCCCCUAAUCUCACAAUCCCUUCAGACAGCUAUGGCCAGUGGCUCGGCCUAACAAAUGCUUCCACCGACGGCAACCCCUCGAACAAGCUAGUCGCCAUCGAACUAGACACUGUACGACAGGGCUUCGACCCAGAUGACAACCAUAUCGGUCUCGACAUCAACAGCGUGAACUCCGCCGUAGCAGUCUCGCUCAACAAGUCCAACAUCAUACUGGCUCCUGUGACUAUCAAGAGAUACGUGGUUUGGAUCGAUUACAAUGGUACGUCCAAGGUGAUGGACGUCUACAUGGCCGAACAAGGGCAACCCAAGCCGAGCAGCCCUCUUAUUAAUUACGGCAUAAAUCUCACAGACUACGUAGCACCGUCAUCUUACUUUGGAUUCUCUGCUUCCACGGGAAACACCACGUACCAGCUCAACUGCGUUCUGAGUUGGAAUCUGACGGUGGAGAUGCUCCCUGAGGAGAAAGAUCAGACACAGAAGAACAUUGCGAUUGGGGUUGGUGUCGGAGGAGGGGUGGUUGUGGUGGCGUCCUUGGUGGGGGUGGUGUAUUUUAUUCACAGGAGGAGGAUGGCCAACGAUCCGAGGAUAAUGGGGACGCUGAAGAGCUUGCCUGGGCAUCCAAGGGAGUUCAGAUUCAAGGAAAUGAAGAAGGCGACGAACAACUUUGAUGAGAAGAUGAAGCUUGGACAGGGUGGAUUCGGGAUGGUUUAUAGAGGGGUACUGCCCAAGGAAAACCUCGAAAUUGCUGUGAAGAAGUUCUCGAGAGACAGUGUGAAAAGCAAGGAUGAUUUCUUAUCGGAGCUUUCAAUCAUUAACCGUCUCCGGCACAAACAUCUCGUCCGUUUAGUUGGAUGGUGUCACAAGAACGGAAUACUUCUUUUGGUGUACGAAUACAUGCCGAAUGGAAGCUUGGAUAAGCACCUAUUUGAUGUGGAUGGGGCAGAGCAAACGCUGAGCUGGGAACAUCGGUCCAAGGCCAUCUCAGGGGUGGCAUCGGCGCUGCACUACCUCCACACCGAGUACGACCAGAAGGUGGUCCACCGGGACAUCAAGCCCAGUAACAUCAUGCUGGAUUCCAAUUUCAACGCCCGGCUGGGCGACUUCGGGCUGGCCCGUGCCUUGGACCACGAGAAGACAUCCUACGCCGAGAUGGACGCCCAGGGCAUGCCCGGCACCAUGGGCUACCUCGCACCCGAGUGCUUCCACACCCUCAAGGCCACCAGGGAGUCCGACGUCUACGCCUUUGGCACGGUUGUGCUUGAGGUCGUCUCUGGGCAGCGCCCAUGGACCAAGAUCGAGCACUACUCCUCCUUGGUCGAUUGGGUGUGGGCGUUGCACAGGGAAGGCCGUCUCCUUGAGGCGGUUGAUGAAAGGCUGAGGGGUGAGUACGUGGUUGAGGAGGCACUGAGGCUGCUGCAGCUGGGUCUGGCCUGCUCCAACCCUGAAGCGUCUCAAAGACCCAAAGCGCAACAGAUUUCUCAGAUUAUAUCGGCAUCUCUGCCUCCGCCUCAUCUCCCUCCCUUCAAGCCAAGAUUCGUAUGGCCGCCGCUGGGGCCGCUUGAAGACAGCAGCACAGAAGAUUCAACGACCGAUACCACACCCAUGAACUCGUCUUACUGUGUAUCACUGUCCACCCCUCAGUCUCUCAGCCGGGAGGACUACGUCCGCCACACUCGUCAUAUUGGUAAAUAGAUUAAGGGACUAAAAUAAAUUACUGUUAAUUUGGUCAAAUUGUAAAUACCAUUCAGUAGACAGUAGCCAGCAGCUAAGGCCUAAGGGAGGAGAGGCAGAGGCACUCCUCCAUCCGACAUCCGUUUGGUUUGGGAACGUGGUGAACUGGUGACUGGUGGGCGAGUUUUUUAAAUAUUUCUUUUCCUUCUUGUCUGGUGAAGGUGGUGGGUGGGUUUUUCUUUUUGAGUCUUGACUUUUGUACGUUGUUGCUCUCUCUCUCUCUCUUUUUCUAAAAGAGAAAAAGUCUCAAGUGGUUGGGUUUAUUAAUUAUUUUAUUAACUCUCUUUUUUCUUGUUUAAUAUUUCAAUCUUCAAUUGCAAAUGCUGAUUUUUUGCAUUA